GGCCGAGUGCAGGUGUGGCCCUCCUUCUCCGCGCCCCGCCUCACUCGUCCCAAGGACUAACGCCCGGGUGAGCCCCAAUCGGAAGCCCAGGAUCAGCCUCUCUGAGCAUUGAGCGUCACCGCCAGCCUCUGUCCCUGCCCCAGCCUCUCACUGCCACUUCUCGGCAGGGCAGCAGCAUGAGAGAGACCGUGGCCAACCAUAGCACCGCCAGCAUCUCCCAGGCCAGGAAGGCCGUGGAGCAGCUGAAGAUGGAAGCCUGCAUGGACCGGGUCAAGGUCUCCCUGGCCGCCGCCGACCUCCUGGCUUACUGCGAGGCCCACAUGCACGAGGACCCCCUCAUCAUCCCUGUGCCCGCGUCGGAAAACCCCUUCAGGGAGAAGAAGUUCUUCUGCACCAUCCUCUGACUCCGUCCAUGCUGAAAACGGUUCUGCCCGGACGUCUCUGUGGAGACCCUGCAAGCUCUCAGCCUCGGGCCGGGGCGGCUGCGCCCGAGUCAUUUCUCACUUGUUUCUUUGGGUCCUCAGUGCUGUCCUCCUCCCCAUGUUAUCCCCACCACUGGCAAAGCAGCAGGCGUUUCAUAGUGAGCCGCCGGGGUGCCCUGGCCAAGCGAGCGCGUGCAGGGUCUAGUGUUUUGAAGCAUCUCUUGCCAAGUUUAAAUGCAUCAAUAAAUGUCGGUGAUAACUUACAGAAAACCGUCCCUGGAUACCUCCGUCCCGGUCAGUCUGUGUCUGAUUACAACACUUUGACCCCAGAGGCAGUGCCACCUCCCUGACUGGGCAGACAGUUCCGGAAGUCGGUUUCUGGCAUUCCCAGCACCCUCGUAAAAGCAGACCCUCGUCCCAGGGUUGGGACGGUUUU